AUGGCAACUCCAAUGCCGACUACUGGAAAACUCCAAUCCAAUCCAGGAGAAAAAUCUGUUGAUCAAAAACUAUAUAGAUCCAUGAUUGAAAGCUUGCUGUACUUAACUGCAACAAGGCCAAACAUUGCCUUUAGUGUGGUAUGUUGUGCCAGAUUUCAAGCAUAUCCUAAAGAAUCACACCUUAAAGUUGUAAAACGAAUCAUAAGAUACAUUAAUGGUACCGUAGAUUAUGGCCUUUCAUACUCUAUGGAUACAAACAACAAUCUAGUUGCAUAUUCAGAUGCUGAUUGGGCAGGGUGUGUAGAAGAUCGGAAAAACACCUCUGGUGGUUGUUUCUAUGUUGGUCAAAAUCUUGUUGCUUGGCACAGCAAGAAACAGAAUCACAGUCUUUAUCAACCUGUGAAGCAGAAUAUAUUGCUGCUGGUACAUGCUGUACCCAACUAUUCUGGAUGA